CAUCACCUUGAACAGAUUCCAUCCGUCGGGAGACUGGUGCGAUCGUUCGGCGAGCGGAGCUAUCAGUUGAUCUUGGUUCAGCUUGGCGUUACGAUCGUCAUGGCAAAAGUGAUAGAGUUCGUGUUGUUUGUGCCAUUCCUUGCAGCAUUGGUUAGCGAUAAUGCUGUUUUUGUUUCGGGCCAAGAAGCUUGCCGAACGCCAGAUCAUCGCGAUGGGAUGUGUUUGCCGGUGCAACAGUGUCCAAGCGUUCGGGACGAAUUUUUCAACACCGACCGGGUGCUGAGUGAGGACGAGAUCGACUUUCUGCGGAAGCUGCAGUGCAAAACUAAAGAUGUGACAAUUUGCUGUCCGGAUGGGGUCACAACGAUGGAACGCAAUCCGACAGCAGUGCGCGACGGUUUGCCGAAUCCGAAAGCGUUCGAGUGUGGACUGGAUACGCUCGCGGAUCGAAUCGUCGGAGGCAAUUAUACGGCGAUCGAUGAGUUUCCCUGGUACGCACUGUUGGAGUACGAGUCGAAGAAGGGCGAACGAGCGUUCAAGUGCGGUGGCUCACUGAUCAACGGACGCUACGUGCUGACGGCGGCUCACUGUCUGGCGAACAAGAAGCUUGACGAAGGCGAAAGACUCGUAAACGUGCGUCUCGGAGAUUAUAACACUGCUACUGAGACGGACUGUGAGGAGGGCAAUACGUAUAACUGUGCGGAUCCACCUCAGAACUUUGCCAUCGAGGCACAAAUCGUUCAUCCCGGCUACGACAAGAAUGGACCAUUUCAACACCAUGAUAUCGCACUGAUCCGUCUCGAUCGGGACGCCACCAUGAACAAUUUCGUUUCACCAGUCUGUCUGCCGCCGGAUAACUUUACACCUACCAGCCCGAAUCUGAACGUUACAGCCGUUGGAUUUGGACAUACUGGUCGGCAGCGUCACAGCGGCAUCAAGAAGAAAGCGCAGUUCCCAGUGUUCGCACAGGAGGAGUGCGAUAAGAAAUGGAAGAACAUCGAAAUUAUUGAGCAGCAGCUGUGUGCCGGUGGGGUGUUCGGGAUCGAUUCCUGCAGUGGAGACUCCGGAGGCCCAUUGAUGGUGCGAAGGUUCUACUGGAUACAGGAGGGUGUUAUUUCUUUCGGCAAUCAAUGCGCCCUAGAGGGUUGGCCCGGAGUGUACACAAGAGUGUCGUCUUAUCUGGACUGGAUUCGACAAAACAUUCGUCGUUCGCACAUGAUGCCACUCGCCCAAACCGCCACACGCAACAGCCGUGGUGAGCCGCACGGGCCCCGGGAGAAGGAAGCUUUAUCAGCUGCUCGUGCGCGAUCGACGUUCUAUUCGCUAACGGAAAGUGUCUCGGUCAAGAUCAUGCCACUCGUGGUGCUGCUGCUGGUUUGCGGUUGUACGCUCGCGGUUCUGCCGCCGGUUUCGUUCGGUGCGGCGAUUGACACGGAGGACCGACCCGUCUGGGAUUCGGUGCGCCUGUGCGACAUUCCAAACGAGCCCAAUCCGGGCGUAUGUCUGCCGCCGGCGGAAUGUGCCGCCUAUGGAAAGAUCAACGAUGUGUCCAGCCUGAGCUCGAUCGAGCGCUUUAGCUUCAUCAAACAGAUACAGUGCAAUGGAACGGAAACGGUACCGUACGUGUGCUGCCCUCGCAACAGUGACGUAUAUCUCGAACCUAACGUAAACGAGACAAUGAUACCAAAGAACCGGGUGGCAAGCCGUAUCGCUUUCGAUGCAGAUUCCUGUGGCAUACAGAGCUAUGUGGCGAAAAUACGGGGCGGUCAGCUGGCCGAAAUCGACGAGUUUCCGUGGAUGGCAAUGCUGUUGUACGAGCGGGAAAGCAAUGUACCGACGCAGGGAUGUGGGGGAGCGCUGAUAAGUCGUACGUACGUGAUCACUGCAGCGCACUGCGUGACCGGCAAGAACUUCCAGCAAACGAAGGGACGACUGAAGUUUGUGCGGCUGCGAGAGUACAACAUCCACACCAAUCCGGACUGUGUGUACGAGAACAACCUGAAGGACUGUUCGGAUGAUAUGAUCGAUUUACCACCGCAAGCCAUAAUACCACACCCGCAAUAUGAUUCGGAGUCUAGCAAUCAACAGCACGAUAUCGCACUCAUUCGGAUCGAGCAAACGCCACCAUUUACCGAUUUUCUGCGCUCAAUUUGCCUGCCGGAACAAAACUUUGAAUCUAGUGCUACUCCGGGCAAGAAGCUCAGCGUAUCAGGCUGGGGUCGCACGGAUAUCUUCAAGGACAAUCUUGGCCCGGAUGUGCUAAGUCCGAUCAAGCUGAAGCUUAGCCUGCCGUACGUCGAGCGAGACAAAUGCAGCAAAUCCUUCCGUCCGUGGUCCUUCUCGCUCGGGCCGGGCCAGAUGUGUGCUGGUGGCGAACGGGCUAAGGAUACGUGUGCGGGCGAUAGUGGUUCGCCGCUGAUGAGCUACGAUAUGCAGCGUGGCAUCUGGUACAUAACGGGCAUCGUGAGCCUGGGCGUGAGAGGCUGUGGUGUCGAGGGUUUGCCUGGAGUGUACACCAACGUUCAUCACUAUCUGCCAUGGAUUAAAAUGUAUACGUCUGCUUGAGGGAUAUGAUCGUCGACGUCAAAUCGUCACAAUAAU